AUGACAGAAACAGCUUUUCUUAAAUUAUUUGUGGCAAUCGUGGUCACAUUCAUUUUAGUCUUGCCAGAAUUUUUCAAGACACCGAAAGAAAGAACACGAGAGCUCGCCUGCCGGGAAGUGUGUUUAUUACCCAAUCUCACCUAUCCGCUUCCCUCCUUCAAUUUUUCUUCUGUGGCUUUUCUGCACCCGGCAGAGGAAACACAGACUGUCAUGGGACUCUUUCCAAAUCACUCCAGUGUCCAAAGCUUCACUGAGAGUUGCCAAGGCAUCACGAAUGGAUUUCCGAUGUGCUCCUUGUGUUUGGUCUGCGAAUCCAAAGGAGACACGGAUUUCAUUUCUCAGGAACAAAUAUCAAAAGGUCUCAUCACGACAGGAUCACUGGAAGUGAAGGCAAACGACUUUUACUCACCCUGCCAGCACUAUAAUGUCACCGUCGCUCUUCUAGUUGACCCUAUGAAAGAAUAUAACGCUACCUGUACCCCUGAAGCCCACCCUGGGAAACCACCCAGGGGAGAUUCUCUAAACCACACUUGUGGAAUUAUGGAAAACAUGAGUAACUGUACUCAUGUUUCCUUGCGCCUCGCAAUAGAUGUGAAAUCUGUCACUUGUCCCAUGAAGAUCACUUGGUACAUUUUAGUGUUAUUAGUUUUUAUGGUCGGCAUCAUCCUCAUUAUCCACAAAAUCCUUGAGGACCACAGGAGAGUGCGGAGGUGGCAGAGUCGUAAACCCAAAUCUGCAACCGUUCUCUUAAGAGGAAGUGACUCUGCGAAGCUGAGCGUCUUGAAUAUGACGGCUAUUCCAGAGUCCACUGGAAGGCUGCCCUCGGUGCGGAUCAUGGAGAUGCUCCCCCCAAUACCAGAACUCGAAGUCACUUCUGCAGUGCUCCAGCAAGAUCAAUAUACACAGCUAUCCUUGGACAGUCUGGACCAAAGACUUUGAGGAGUUUGGGUCCAACUGAGGAAGUACCGAUAGGUGAAUGGCAGCGAGGAGACCCUGGCUGCUGAGAACUGGAGAGCGUCUGACCCACGAGACCAAGGAGACGAGUGCGUCAGAGUUGCCGUGAGCCAAGGAGGAACAAGCUGAUGGAGUUCAUGGGAGAGCAAGCGGGCGCUGACCUCUUCCAGCCAUCAUUACCUGCUCUACUCAGUGUGGGCCUGAGGACUUCAUCUUGAGGAACCAAGAACGACCAAGGAUGAAAGUCCUCUCGCUGGGUCAUGUUGCAGGCACAGGAUGGUUUUCUCCUACACAGAUGGACAGUUUCUAGUUGGUAAAU